GACAACUGUCCACUCGUCCCUAAUCCAAAUCAAGAAGAUAAUGACGUCGAUGGGCCAGACAGAUUAGGAGAUGUUUGCGAUAACUGUCCUACUGUGCCGAAUCCAGACCAGUUGGACUCUGAUGGAGAUGGUGUAGGUGACGCUUGUGAUGAUGACGGAGAUGACGACGGAAUUCCGACUGCAGUCGAUAAUUGUCCGCAUAUUGCCAAUGGUGAUCAACAGGAUUCCGAUGACGAUGGUGUUGGUGAUGCUUGUGACAACUGCCCUUCAGUUGCCAAUCCCUCUCAGUUGGAUACAGAUAAGGACAAUAUAGGGGAUGACUGCGACAGCAAUAUUGAUAGAGACCAGGAUGGAAUACAGGAUAAUGUGGAUAAUUGCCCAGAUAUUCCAAAUAGUGAUCAGUUAGAUACAGACGAGGACAGGAAAGGUGAUGUGUGUGAUUUUGACAAAGACAACGACAGUGUGCCAGAUAAUAAGGAUAACUGCCCAUUGGUUUUCAACCCUGAUCAGAAAGAUACAAAUAAAACUGGCGUGGGAGAUGCUUGCCGUGGGGAUUUCGAUGGUGAUAAAGUACCUGACCAUCUCGACGUGUGUCCAGACAACAGAAUGGUUUACGCUACAGAUUUCAGAGCUUAUCAGACAGUAGUUCUGGAUCCUGAAGGUGACUCGCAAAUCGAUCCACAUUGGGUCAUUUAUAAUAAGGGUGCAGAGAUAGUUCAGACAAUGAAUAGUGAUCCAGGACUUGCUGUUGGUUUUCACGCUUUUGGUGGAGUUGAUUUCGAAGGAACAUUUUUCGUAGACACUGAAAUCGAUGACGAUUACGUGGGAUUUAUUUUCAGCUACCAAGACAACUCAAAUUUUUACGUCGUAAUGUGGAAGAAAAGCACUCAGACAUACUGGCAAGCAACUCCUUUCCGGGCAGUAGCUGAACCUGGAAUUCAGUUGAAACUGGUCACAUCCGAAACUGGCCCUGGUCAAAUGUUAAGAAAUUCUCUUUGGCACACCGGCGAUACAGACAAACAGGUGAAAUUACUAUGGAAAGAUCCUAGAAAUGUGGGUUGGAAAGAGAAAGUGGCAUACCGUUGGCUGCUUUUGCACAGACCACAGAUAGGUCUAAUAAGACUUCGUAUUUUUGAAGGCGAAAAUAUGGUUGCUGAUUCUGGAAACAUAUUUGACAACAAGCUUAAAGGUGGAAGGCUGGGUGUAUUCUGCUUCUCACAAGAGUCAAUUAUCUGGUCAGAUCUAGUCUACAGAUGUAACGAAGCAGUGCCUGCUGCAGUAUACUAUGAUUUACCUCGACUGCUGCAGACUGAUGUUGAUAUUGACACUACACGACCUUCAGAUAUAGUCCAAGUAGGUCGCAGAACAGCUGCUCUAUCUUCAUUUGGAGAGUUGUCUAAAAAAAGAUAUAGGAAUGUACGGCAUGGAAGGUAAAUGUUACAAAAUUAAGAAAUACUGCUAAUCAUAUUUAAUGUGUAAAAAGUAUGGAAAUAUGGGCACUUCUGUUGAUGGCAGCUUACGAUUAAUGCUUCUAUUAGCUGUUCUUUAUGGUAUCUUAUUAUUUUUUCUAAUUACCAUGCUAAACAUAUUACACUUAAAAGUUUUAAAUGAAUUACUAUUUAAACACUUAAUUUUGUUUACUAUUAUUAUGAUAACACAAAGUUAUUUGAGUAUCAUUGAUACUGUUUUUGAGGAUAUAAUAUAUAGGUAGAAAUAAAAAUCUUCUCAUGCUUAGUUAUAAAACGUGUGUCAAUAACAAAUCAAUUGAAUGAAAAUUUAGUACUAUAUUUUUAAUGAACUUUUAACCCUUUGUUGCAUCAUGUCCACUCUAGUAGACAAAAGUUUAAAUUUGUUUAUUCUUCUGUAAAUGCCUUAGCAGAUUCCAUUCCUGUGUUUAUUCAUUCUACAUUAUUAGAACUUUCAACUGUCAAUCAUAUAUGGCUGUAUAGCAUCACUUAGUAAAGCAUUGUUAUUAGGAAAAUGGCUGCUACUUCUGUUUCCAAGUUAGUACAAUUUCUCAUAGUAAACAUUAUAUAAUAUUGCUCACACUUUCUUAUACUGCCAUUUUUUAUUCAUAAUUAGUAAUUUUAGAUAUUUUAU